AUGCUAACUAUCCGAGAAACUACCGACAUGGCUCAAAGACUCAAAAUGUACGUGUUCUUGAUGUCCCAGUGCAAACUAAUUGAAAUUGACAACACAAACCUUCAGGAUCGAUUUGGCAGUCUCACCGUGCAUUUGGCCAGGUAUUACAACCUGCCGCAGGAUCAUCAAAUACUCCUCACGAACGGAGGCUGCCAAUUGAGGGAGCUUCAUGAAAUCGACGACCACAGUGCUGGCGAAGAUCCAACCAAUCCAAUCUACGUCUUCUCUCGCGAUAACACAAUUACCCCCGAGACGUGUGCACUUAAAGCUCCUGAAAUCUCACAAAAUUUGCUAGACGCUUUAAAAACGCCCACAGAAUCAACGGUGGUUUCGUUCCAAAAAUACCUGAAAGGCCUCAUUGCCGCGGUGAGGGAAGAUGGCGAAACGGUUCAACGGCUGGACCAGGAACAGCGCCUCAUGUGUGAGGGUUGGUUCGUGGCGCAAGCCAACUUUGAUCAUGACAUGCAGGAGUUUAGGAAGGCUUUGGACGUCUACUGGAAAGACUACGCAAAUUUUUGCAGUCAGGUUGGACGCUGGGAGGCCAAUAUGAGCAAAUUUCCUAGUAUCAAAAAUCGACUCCGCAGUGUCCCCCUCCUACCCUCUCUUUUGGCCGCCUCCGCCGAGUUAAUGAGCGAAAGCUACAGCGUCUACGGUCAACCACGCACCCUCUACGACUGGGUAUGCCUCCAAAUGGCCAGCAGCACUCCACGUCGUCUCAGUACAUUAAACUUCCCGGGUCCAUUGUGCAGCGGUCUUCGCCUUCCCUCGGCAGCUAACAGUUCUGGAGACAUCUCUAUCCCUGUCGCCUCGUCACGCCUCGCUCCUCCGCCUUUACUUCCCCAGUCCAGACUCACUCAUACCAUAGCUGCUGGGGUUGCCUCCUUUUACCUCUCUGGCUCUUCCCCCACCACCUCUCAAACCGAUGGGGACAGUGGGGAGGGUUCAACCACCGUUGUAUCCAGUUUGGAGGCGCCUCUGUUAGAGUUAGUAGAGGAUUCGGGCACUCUGUUGAAAGCCAUGCAGGAAUCCCCUCCUGGAGCCACCCUUAGCCAAAUCACUGCCGCAAAAGAGGAUGCUGAUAACAACUCUCUGCUCAUGGUUGGAGAAGAUGAAGAGGAGAUGGUGGAUGCAUCGACCCAACCGCGACUUGCCUACGUCUUCUCAAAUUUGAAGGCGUUCGCGGAUCUACUUGAAUCCGCUCCGCGGGACCCUGAGCUUUCUACAGAGGAGGAGGAGGAGGAAGGAGAAAGAGGAAGGGAUAGGGUGGCUUCAAGGCUCUCAAUUCCCACUCCUAAGACAUCUGCUAAUAUCGUCAAUACCACCACCUCCUUUGCCGUGACCUCAGCGUCUUCCUGGCCCAUUCCUGAAGAGGAGGAAGAGAUGGCAACGUCAGAAGUGGAGGAGACUUUGGUGUCACCACAUUCAAGGGCUCGGGAUCUCAAUUGGCGCCUUUCGAGGCGGAACUUCAGUUGCCACCUGGCAAGGCUAUCGAAGCUGAUGGACCGGGCGGUGCAAAUGCAAGUGAUUAUUACAGAAAUGGCAGAGGAGAUUCUGAUCGACUGUCAGUUGAAAAGGCCGGAAAAGCAUCUACGCCAGGCCCUGUGGGCACAAAAUCAUCGUAUCGUUGCUAUUACUUCGGCCCAUAAAAACCUUCAGGCUACCUUUUACAAGAUCGUCCAGCUGAAAUUGGAUCUUGCUGAGGCUCUCUCGAUGCUCCAGGAUCCCUCCAAGGUUGUUGAGUUUAUUUGGCCGUGCAACAGCAUUGGGCUAGUGACUUACGUCAAAUCGAGGUUUGCAAUGGACGCUUGA